AAAUUACCUUCCAUUUCCACGCGCUGAUUUCACCUUUCUUGGAUCUUCUCUGUUGUUUUUUUCAUGUUGAAUGUGUUCCCCAAAGUUAGAAACACCAUUCUGCCUCUGUAAGUCCUCAUAAACUUCUUCAAUCCAUCAAUAAUUUAUGGCUUUCUCCAAUUUCCUAUCUUUCUUUUUCACUCUUUACUUGUUUAUGCCAACACCCACUUCCUCCGCUUUUUCUUUAGCCUCAGAUGACAUCGCUAAAUUGCCUGUCAAAUUCCUAGACUUUGCCAAGAAACCUGAGAUUUUUGAUUGGAUGGUGAGCAUUAGAAGGAGACUGCAUGAGAAUCCUGAACUUGGAUUUGAGGAAUUUGAGACUAGUAAACUUAUAAGAGCUGAGCUUGACGAGAUUGGCAUCCCAUAUAAAUACCCAGUUGCUGUAACCGGUAUUGUUGGUUAUAUUGGGACUGGUGAACCGCCCUUCGUUGCAAUCAGAGCUGAUAUGGAUGCUCUAGCUAUGGAGGAAGCUGUAGAGUGGGAGCACAAGAGUAAAGUUCCUGGUAAGAUGCAUGCUUGUGGGCAUGAUGCUCAUGUUGCUAUGCUUCUUGGUGCUGCAAAGAUGCUUCAAGAGCAUCGCGAUGAAUUGAAGGGAACAGUUGUGCUAAUUUUCCAACCAGCCGAGGAGGGAUUAGGUGGAGCAAAGCAAAUGUUAGAUGCUGGAGUGCUGGAGAACGUUGAUGCCAUCUUUGGGCUUCAUGUCUCUUCGAAAUUCCCAAUUGGCAUGGUAGCCUCCAGGCCUGGCCCUAUUUUGGCUGGAAGUGGUUUCUUUGAGGCAAUAAUCAGUGGAAAAGGAGGGCAUGCUGCCAUUCCUCAGCAUACAAUAGAUCCAAUCUUGGCAGCUUCUAAUGUCAUUGUUAGUUUACAACAUCUAAUUUCACGUGAAACUGAUCCCUUGGAUUCACAGGUGGUUACAGUAGCAAAGUUCCAAGGAGGUGGUGCCUUCAAUGUUAUUCCUGAUUCUGUUACAAUCGGUGGCACAUUCAGGGCAUUUUCAAAAGAAAGCUUUCUUCAACUUAAGGAAAGGAUUGAAGAGGUUAUCAUGAAACAAGCUAGUGUGCAGAGGUGCAACGCCACUGUCAACUUUAAUGCAAAUAAUCAUAUCAUUUACCCAGUGACCGUAAAUAAUGAAGACUUGCAUGAGUACUUCCUAAGUGUUGCAGGGGACAUGCUGGGUCUUCAGAACAUCAAAGAAAUGCAACCCUUGAUGGGUUCGGAAGACUUUUCAUUUUUUGCAGAGGCAGUUCCAGGAUACUUCUUCUACCUUGGCAUGGUCGACAAGACGAAAGGGAAGUUUGAACCAGGCCAUUCACGUUACUUCAGGAUCAACGAAGAUGCAUUCACAUACGGAGCUGCCCUACAUGCAUCAUUGGCUUCAAGGUACCUCCUGGAAAAUCAACCCAAGUCUCUCUCACCGAAGGGAAGCCUGCAUGAUGAAUUGUAAGUUGUGGGUACGUUAUUGAUAUUGAGGCAAGGAUUACACUUAUGCAAAGCACUACCACUAUAUUAAACUGCUGUCUUCUGUAAAUUUGACUUAAUAUAAGUAAUUCCAGCUAAUCAACCUUGUGUUGAAUUCUCAUCAAAUAUAAUAUGUAUGAUCUUUUGAAACAGUUGCAAUGAAGUUAAUACGCUAGAUCCAAGUA